UGCCUACUGUAUGUGCAAAUAUAAGCGCAUGUGACCAGCCUUAAGCUGAAAAAAGAAGCGUUUAUAAGUGAGAUAAUACGGUAUUUGGAAGUGGAACCCGUUUCCUGUUUAUGCGCGUCCAUAUGAGGAGGGUCUGAUGAGAACUUUCAGUUUCACAAUAAGAUGGCUGAUAUAAACAGACAGUUGCAGGAGUACCUGGCUCAGUCGAAAAGCGGGGGUAAAGCUGGGUCAUCAUCGGCUUCGAGCACCAUCGAUAUUGGAGAUACCGAGUCUCCGAGUUCAGGGAGUGGAACUUGGUUCGGCCGAUGGUCGAGUCCGUUUUCUGGAUCAGGAUCAACCCCCGGUGUUUCCUGGCCGUGGUCUAGUGAACCAGACUCGUGUCUUCCCGGUAUGAGCCGUUCGCAAAGACUGCUUGGCUUUGGAAUCUGCGUUGCGAUGUCGGUUCUUUGUUUCGGGCUGUCUGCUCUCUACGCGCCGUUGCUGCUUUUGAAGGCCCGCAAGUUCGCUCUGCUGUGGUCGCUGGGUUCUGUGUUCGCCCUGGUUGGUGCUGCGAUACUGCGGGGACCCAGUAAGUUGUUAGCUACCCCAUCCCCGGGUGCCGCCCUGUACCUCACUGCUCUAACGGGCACCCUGUACGCUGCCCUCAGCCUCCACAGCACCGUCCUCACCGCCCUCGGCGCUGCCCUGCAGAUAGCAGCGAUCGCCGGAUACAUUAUCUCCUUGAUCCCUGGAGGAAGCACUGGGAUCCGGUUUCUUGGUGGAAUGGUAGCCUCCGCUAUCAAGCGCACGGUCUCCCGCAAGACAUUACCCAUCUGAUCGGAGUGGUGAACAGACAGCAGAGAUUUAAUGCACUCAAUUGAUAUUUCUGUACUACGAUUGAAAGAGAUUCACGAAACGGAUAUCAUGUUCAAAUCUUUGUCAGAAAACAAACAAAACUAUUAAAAUCAGUACAACAUUCAGAACGAAAUGAACACAUUUGUCGGCAACAGGUGUAAACGUUUUGAAAGACAUGACAUUGGGAGACACCUGUAAAAGACAGUAUUUCAAAUACUGUAAGGUGGUUGAACAAAAUAUAUGCUAGGUGGCAUAUAUAAAGUUUGCACACUUAUUCUGUACUGGAUCUCACACCUUUUCGAGACAGGCAGACUGCCUCUCUGACAUUCCUACAUUAGGUACCCUACUGUACUGCAGAUAGCCCCCAAUUUAAAUACUGAUUUAUGAAACCCUGGGUUGUAACCUACUACUAUUACUACGACUAAUACAACUCGAGAGACCAAAGUUAACUAAAUGUCAGUAUUUUGUUGAAGCUGUGUUGUAUUUGAAGUUUUAAUAUUGUGAAUAAAGCUGUGAAGUUUUGUUUCUA